AUGACCGUGCUCAAGUUGUCCCUCAUGGCCUUCAGCUUCAUAUUCUGGGCAGCGGGGCUGACUAUGCUCAUCAUCGGCCUCUGGGCCAAGGUGGCUUUGGGGAACUAUCUGGAGCUGUCGGCAAAUGACUACCCCAGCGCCCCUGCCGUCCUCUUGACUACCGGUGCCGCUGUCAUCAUCUGGGGCUUCCUGGGCUGCUUCGGCGCCGCCACAGAGCACCGGGGUCUCCUGCGCACCUACAGCGCCUUCCUGACGGCGGUGCUGGCGGCCGGGCUGACAGCGGGGCUCUCGGCGCUCCUCUACCGCCAGCACGUUGCGCAGGGUUUCGAGGCGGGACUGCGCCAGGCCCUACUCGCUUACGGGGAGGACGAAGGAUUGGCGGACUCCUUGGACGCCUUGCAGCGUGGUUUGUCCUGUUGCGGCGUUGAGAGCUACCGCGACUGGCUCACGUCGCCGUGGGUGCUGGCGCAAAACGGCUCGGUGCCCCUCAGCUGCUGCCGGGCCCGCCGGGGUUGCCAGCACAGCCCGCCUAACACACAAGGGCUGCACCGCGACGGUUGCUUCAGCAAAGUGUCGGCCUUCAUCAGCAGCAACAUGUUUUAUGUUGGCACGGCUGCUCUGGGGUUGGCACUGCUGCAGCUCAUCGGCAUUGUGCUGGCGUGCCUGCUGGCUAACCGCAUCCCUGCCCACCUACUCGACAUCACCACCCCUUGUUGAGAUCUUCUUUGCCCUGCCCCUUUGUCCCCUUCAUCUCCUUUCUUUCCCCCUGAUCUGGGAAAAUCCUUUCUUCAUAUUCCCCACUUCCACCUGAGCUUCCACCCCCAGGCUCCAUUCCUCCUCUGAAGCCUGUGUCAGGUGUCCCAAAGCCACAACUCCACAGUCGCUCAGAGCUGGAAAGGUGCCACCUAGACUGGCUGUGCCAUUUGCAGAGCAGCAGCCUCCAGACUGCAUCUAUAGAGAGUGAUGGCAACAUGGACAGACAUUGCCCUCUGGGGCAGUCAGGACAGCUGGAUCGAGGCUGCCCAAAUUCUUGGGUGAUGUAAACAUCCCAAGAUGCUUAAAUGGGGACCAGGAAAGAGGAGAGGGUCAGGGAGAGCAAGACAUUUGUCUCAGCAUUGUACUGGAGGAGUG